AUGCGGACAGGCUCGCAGCCCGCGUCCUCGCCUCCCACCUCGUCCGCCACCCCGCCGUCCUCGACGGCCUCCACCUCCUCGUCCUCGACCCAGCCCCGGCCCGGAGCGAACAAGCACGCCGGCUACCUGGUCGAGUUCCUCCUCCCCCUCAUGGCCUCGUGCCUGGCCGUUGCUGCGGGGAGCAGCGGCGGGCCGGCCGGCGCCGACGCGCCCCUCGCCCUCGAGGUGGAGGCCGGCGUGCCGACCGCCUCGUCGCCGGCCGCAGCCGUCCGCGUCCUCGCGCGCGAGCACUGCUGGUAUGACACCAUGCCGCGCACCCAGGGUCUCGUGGUUGACGCUGCGCUCGCGCUCUUCAAGCUGCGGCUCGAACGCAUGAGCUCGGCCCUCUCCAACGAGACGAUGGCCCGGACGCUCGCCACCUGGACGCGGUACAUGCAAAAAUGGCGGGUCUUCAAGCGCAAGUUUACUGCCGAGCCCGCUUUGUUUGGCGCGAGCCACGGGUCCGAGGCUCACGACUCGUCGUCGCCCGUGCGCUCUCUCUCGCUCCCGGCCUUUGACGCGCCGCCGACGUACGCCGAGGAGCGCGCCGGCCACGAGUGGCUGGCGUACUGGAGGAAGCGUUCGCUCACCCCCAAGCCCACGACCACUCGCACACGCAAGCGCAAGCUUGACGCCGCCGCCGUCGGCGUUGGUGCGCCGGUGCAAAAGCGGCUCCAGCCACUCUCGCCGACGCGUCUCGAGCACACAGAGGUCGCUGCAGGCGUGUUCACUCCGAUGGCCGCCGCCGAGGACGAGGCCCGUGCUGCCGAAGCAGCCGCGGUGGCGAGUGACAAGCGUGCUCGCGUCACCAGAGAGCGUGCCCGUCUCGCCGAGCUCGAGCUGGAGCAGUAUGUGUUGAACUCGCCUUGA